GAGAGAGCGAGCGAGCAGAAAAACGCCGAGUCCCUACAGCUCAGAUCUCAAAUCUUCCUCUUCCUCCUCCUCCUCCUCCUCCUUCUCCUCCUCCACCUCCUCCAAACACACAACAACAACCACCACCACAAAUCCGCUGCGCUCCCAAAACACCCCCCCCGAUUGCAAACCACAGAACUGCCUGCAACACACACGCUCGCAGAGGGAGCGAGAAAGCUAACAGGGAGAGAAGGGAGAGGAGCCUGCAGCAAGCAGAUUCUUAGCAGAACGGCUACAUUGCACAAACUGCUUUUUUGGAGGAGCUCAGUGGAAGAAAACUCUGGGAUUUUAUUUUACAUCCACUUUGUUUUGUUUUCUUUGGCUUUUCCCUUUCCUCUUGAUCAAUUUGCAACAGCAACAAAAAAAAAAGUGACUUGGUAUUGGCGAUUCGGUCUCCUGUUCAUUGAGGAAAAAAAAGAAAAGUGUGUGUGUGUGUGUGAGACUGAGUGAUUUUUUAGGAGCAAAGGAAACCCACCCCGAUCCGGAGAGGUGUUUUGAUUAGUAUUAUAGUAUAUACACGCACACACGUAUUUAUAAUCGAUCUGGGGAGAGGCACCUAACUUUGCUAUGGACUUUUUUUUUUUUUCUACAUGGUGAUCAUUCUUACUCUAAUUUGCAAAUUGGACUAAACCAGAGUUUGGAAAAGAAUUUUUUUUUUGCUUUAGGGCUGGAUUUAUUUGCAAACCGCAGGAAGAAGAAAAUACAAGAGAGAGGGGUUUGGUGCAGCGCCGCGAUCACGGAUUUCAGAUGUGUUCUAAGCCUGGCGGGGUGACCAAGCUUCUGGGCACUGAUGGAGACUCAGCACGGCAGUGGGUCACAGCCCUUACUACAGGCUCGGCGUGACAGUGGGAGACCGCAUGGGGAGCCCGACCUGCGGGAUGUCCUGAUGCAGCAGGUUCAUGUCUUGUCGUUGGACCAGAUCAGAGCCAUCCGAAACACAAAUGAAUACACAGAGGGACCUACGGUGGCUCCACGGCCGGGGGUCAAGUCUUCUCCUCGGGUAACAACCCAACCCAAAAAUGAAAGGCCCCAUGGGUUGCCUGAGCAUCGUCAUUUCAGCCGGAUCCAGCACACACAAACGCACGCAUCUCCUCGAGCGCCUCUGUCCCGGUCCAUCAGCACAGUCAGCACAGGCUCACGGAGCAGUACGAGGACGAGUACAAGCAGUAAUUCGUCAGAACAAAGACUUCUGGGAUCAUCUUCGGGGCCAGUUGCUGAUGGGAUAGUCCGAAUGCAGCCCAAGUCUGAGCUCAAGUCGAGUGAGCUGAAGCCACUGAGCAAAGAAGAUUUGGGAGCACACAGCUACAGGUGUGAGGACUGUGGAAAGUGUAAGUGUAAGGAGUGCACUUAUCCAAGGACCCUCCCCUCAUGUUGGAUCUGUGACAAGCAGUGUCUUUGCUCAGCCCAGAACGUGGUUGAUUACGGGACUUGUGUUUGCUGUGUGAAGGGCCUCUUCUAUCACUGCUCUAAUGAUGACGAGGACAACUGUGCUGACAACCCCUGCUCCUGCAGUCAGUCACAUUGCUGCACUAGGUGGUCCGCCAUGGGUGUAGUGUCCCUCUUUCUGCCUUGCUUGUGGUGUUACCUACCAGCCAAGGGUUGUCUUAAGUUGUGCCAGGGCUGUUACGACCGGGUAAAUCGGCCUGGGUGCCGCUGCAAACACUCCAACACCGUUUGCUGCAAAGUUCCCAGCGUACCCCCCAGGAACUUUGAAAAGCCAACAUAGCAUCACUAGCCAGAAAUACUAAAGUAAUAAGGAUUAUUAUUUUAACGUACAUAUGCAACCAACUAAGCAGCUAUGGUCUUGGCACUGUAGUAGAAGGGUUGGGGAUGUACUUUGCUGUUUGCAGUGAAAUGCUUUUCUGUGUGUGUGCCAUCUUAACUGAUACGCUUGUUAGAAUCCAGCUAGUGGCAUACAGGGGGAAAAAAAGGGAUGCAGUACAUUGUGACCCACAUAUUGCAUAAGCUAAAGCAACACAGACACUCCUAGGCAACUCUAUUGUUCGUGAAUAGUACUUGCAAAAUUUGUAAAUUAGCAAAUGACUCCUUUUUUUUUCAUUGUUUUCUGCCAGAGAUAAUGUGCUAUAUUUUUGUAUAUACAAUAAUAUUUUCAACUGUGAAAAAUAAGUGCUGUCGUAAGACAUGGCACAGUCACAAAAUAUUAUACUAAUAUGUUGUACAUUCGGAAGAAUGUGAAUCAAUCAGUAUGUUUUUAGAUUGUAUUUUGUCUUACGGAAACCUUCUAUUACAAGACUUUGAUUUCCCUUUGGACUUCAUGUAUAUUGUACAGUUACAGUAAAAUCCAGCCUUUAUUUUCUAAUUUUUUCAACAUAUUGUUUAGUGUAAAGAAUAUUUAUUUGAAGUUUUAUUAUUUUAUAAAAAGAAAUAUUUAUUUUAAGAGGCAUCUUACAAAUGUCACCCCUUUUUAUGAGGACGUCAUAGUUGCUGCAAAUAAGGGGUGAAUGAUGCAUAUGUUCACUAUAAAAUAGAAAAUAUAUUAACGUUUGAAAUUAAACUGGGCUACUUGUCAUUUUUUCCCAUUUAUUGUUCUGAGUUGGGAGAAUCAAUACUUCUAAUUGCAAACUUCACGGUGCUAUAGUCACAGUGAGCCUAAUGUGAAACCGAAAAGAGAUUUUUUAAGUGUAUUCUUUUGUUCUUGUUUACUUCUUCACCUGAAAACAGUGCAGAAUUUUUGCUCCCUUCCUUUGCACAAAUGUCCCAUAGACUGUUCCUACAAGAGAAAAGGAAAAUGACCAUAGGAAAAUGCAUGAAUUCAUUCCAGACUAGGACUAAUAAGCACUGAAAGCUUGACCUAUUCUAUAAGUGAUGAGCUUUUGUGCUUCAAAUAGGAAAUAAGUAAUCAUUCACAAAAAAUGUUAGGCUUGCAUGGCUUUAAUCAGUAAGAGAGAGCAGGGAAAAAAUGUAAUUAAUACCGUCAAUGUAAAAAGCUUGCAGGAUUAUUUGUUAAAGUUAGAAGAAUAUGCCACAGGGAAUGAUAGAUCUGAAUGCAGUUCAGCCUUAUGUCAAACAUUUGCCUCACUUGUAAGAAGAAAGUUGCUUGAUUUGUCAUUUGUGGCAGUUACCUUCCACUGAGGUCAAAAUCCUUUCCCUGCCAAGUUUCCCACCGGAAGCCUAGAGAAUGAUUUACCUUUCUUUAUUAACAAACUAUCAUUUCCUGUUCUGAGCAUGUCUCUCCAAGUUUAGAGGUCUUAAUGUUUAAUUUUAUUUAUACAUUUCUUAAGCUGGCAUUUAAGAAUAGUUGUAAGUAUUUUUAAGCUGACGCUUAAAAAAGUCUCCCAGCCUUUUCUGAAGCCCCUCCAAGAUAAACAAGUUAUUGCUAAUAAAUUAAGAACUCACUAAAAGUUGAAAACCAGAGCAUUGAGUAAAUGUUCUGUCUUUUUGCCCCAUAAUUUUCAUCUCAGGUCUGGUAUUUGGAUGAUUUUACAUAGGUCUGUAGAACUCAGAAAUCUUACACUGUGUGUUUGUGCAUAUUGGUUAUCAAUCAUCAAGUGAAAUUAAAAAGUUCUUGUUCUCUUUC